GUGGAUCCGAAAACCAAUCACAAUCACAGGCUUUGCCUUUCUUGGGUGCUCUUGUCUCCUUUCUAUACACAGGUCUCGAACGCUUCAUCUACGAAAUCAAAUGGACAAGCUCCUGAAGCAAUGCCGACUCCCAGUUCAGCGACGGGCCUCGGAACUCCAGUCAGUGCUUCUGCAGGUGGAGCUGUAGAGUCCGCGAACGAUGUUGAGCCUCUGCCCGAGGGCUGGAGCAUGACUCAAUCUAGGACUCAUAAUCGCCCGUUCUACCACCACAAAGCAUCAGGCAAGACCAGCUGGAUUCGGCCAACGGCUGCCACUAUCUCUGCAACAUCUGGAGGAGAAUCGAACGGCCAGACUGCGAACGCUGUCAAAGCAGAAGAGCAACCAGCAGCAGAUGCUAAGGAAAGUGCAACCACAACUGCAGUGCCACCUGCAGCCAGUGCGGAUGUAGCUCGAGAUACCUCCACCGCACCUGCCGGUGACAAGGCUCCGCCUUCCGGUCCAACCGGACAGCCUCCAAAUGAUCCGAGACCUGCUGAUGCCAACGAGACCGUGAAGAAUGCCUAUUCUGCUCGAGCGACUGGGCAGGCCAGCUCAGCACCGAAUGUGCCGUCUGGACCUCGAGGAGGACCAGGUCGAGAUGGACCCCCGCGGUCUAGCUCAGGAUACGGUGACGAGAGAUUCGAGAGGAACGGAAGACGACCUCGAAGUCCCAGUCCGAGACGCGACGAUCCCAAGCGACUCAGGCGAGGUGACGAUAAUCCUGGAGUCAGAAGAUCGCCGCCGCCGUCAGCGAGAUCUGGCCCGCCGAACAGACGUAGGUUUCACUUCUCUAUCUUCCCCCUCAACCGACUGCGACCGACCAAUUCGCGUCUUUCCUGGCCAUCUGCACUGUCCAGAUUGCAAGGGGAAUAGGCCAUGCCGGUUACGUGCCCGACACUUUUUGCUCACCUGAAUUGAAGCUCACAAAUGGCAUUCCUUUCGCCCUUGAUAGGUUCCGAACGUCCGGUGUCGCCGCCUCCUCGAUCGCGCCCAAGCGAGCCGCAAUCUCAUCGAUCGCCUCAUCAGCAAGGCCGAGGCACACAGGGACCUGCAACUGCGAGUCGGAAUGAUGUGAGCCUCGUAAGACGACCUAGAUGCCUUGCCUGACCACCGUCAGGGACGACCGCCGCCUCGAUCACCCCCUAGGACCCACACAAGCAGGCCUACCGAUGAGCCAAAUCGAGCGCCGAUCAUCAGGAAUCGUUGGGGCUCGAGAGGAGCCUCUGAAUCGACCCCGACAUCUACAUCUGCACCUGCUCUCAUCGUUGCGGCCGCUGCUGAUCCUGCACCUGCACCUGCUCC